AAAUGCCGUGUUGUUGUUCGGUUAAUUGCUCUGAGAGAUCAGAGAAAGGUACUAGAUUGUUUUUAUUGCCUCAAGGGCCGAAAAAUGAAUCAAGGAGAAAACAGUGGAUAAAUAAUAUUAACCGAAAAGAUCGUCUUCCCGAUCGUGCUUAUGUUUGUGAGAAGCAUUUUACAAGUGAUCAGUUCGAAAAUAAUCGUGCUGAUGGAAAGAGGCCAUUACGUUGGAAUGCAGUCCCUACCAUAUUUUCACAUAAAACGGUUCCGAAACAGAGAAAACCACCUAUGAUCCGAUGCGAUAGAAAACGAAAAAGUUCAGAAUGUGAAAUACGAGAGGCAACUGUGGUGGAAAAUUUCAAUGAAUUAGAUGAGACUCCCCAAGAAGAAGAAACAAAUCGACAAACAAGUGCAUGUAGUUUUUAA